AUUCUGACAACCAUGAAGAGAGCAUUUAUGUUUAAGAACGGUUUACAGUUUUGGAAGAUUUCACUAAACUUUCCCAUAAUCAUUGUGAGCUUUGUAUUUCUUAACAUAAUAUAUGCCUUGGAUGAGGAGCGUUGUGUUGAAUCUCAAAAAACUGUUCAAGAAGUUGUGUUUUGUCCAAGAAGUGAAGACGAGUGGAAUCAAAGAGCUCGAUUAAAAAACUGCACAGCCAUUCAGCACAACUGCUUCAGGCAACCCCGAUAUCACUGUGUGAUAAAUGAAUGGGGGGACAAAAAUCUGGAAGUUUGUGCUCCAGGAGCGAAGAUCCCGGCAGGUUUUUGUGCAGAAUAUAAUACUUUGGGUCGCAAAAUACAGGAGUUUUAUGUAGCAACUUGUAAGCUUUGUAAAACUGACUACCCGUCAACCAGUGCUUAUAUCUAUACUGAAUGCUAUAAAAAGACAGGCGCAUACAGUCUACAUCAAAAUUAUGGAAACACUACAUCUGGAAGUCGCCCGAGGUCUCAGCGAAUUGCCGACCAAACAUUUAUGUAUGGGAUGUGCAUUUUGAUGUUCUAUACCAUUCAUGUUUAAUUGAAAGCUAAAUGGUUUUCCGUGUAAAACAGGGUUAUUAGAUAAAGAUUCUCAUAUAUUUUGGAAUGUUGUCAAGAAAGUAACUUCUAACACAAUAUACUGUUUUAUUUGAAUACUUAUAUAUACUGCAAUAUACUGCACAUAGUAAAACCCUGUUGAACUUUGGCCCUCGGACGUAAAAAUGAUAUUUUUUCUAUUUCAUAUAUUUACAAUAUAAUUAUAUAGUAUUAACCCUUUCAUCUGUAAUAGGAGUAGAGGUGUGCUUGAUCAUUUUAGCUAAAAAAAUUUACAGAUUAUUGACUGUUUAUUGACGAAUGAGUGAAUCAAACAAAAUAUCAUCGGCCUCGCUUGCAGUUAACAUUUCGCAAUUUUUCCUGUUCAGUCCAAUGA